AUGUGGGCACUGGAUGAUGUACUGAGACCCGGCGAGGCGGCCGCUUCAGGCACAGUCGACACACCUGGGGUGUCCCCGGACACAAGUAUUGCCAGCAGCCUCACCGAGGAACCAACCGGGUCGCAAUCCCACAACGAUCCGACCGCAAGUUUCGACGCGGAGAUUGCCCAUAGUGUCUCCCUGGAGGAGUACAUCGUAUGGGAUCUCGGGACCGACGUGGGGUCCCCAAUUGAAGAUACCACACCAAAGUCGUCGUCGCUAAUGAGCGACACCGACCUGUGGGCGGACUGUGAUGGGCAGGUCGCCGACGACGAUAUUCGUGGUAGGUACGAGGAUCCGUACAUUCCACCAGACACGGGGGCACCACUGCUGUCGGACAACCCGACGCCCUGGGCCUGCAACGCCGCCGUCGCGGGGCCCUCCACCUUCGCAGGUGCACUCGGGCACGCCGGCGACACGACUGGGGACGACAAUGCUCGCCCGGUCACCGACCGAUUGCGGAGGGAUCACGUAUCCCUCGCGAUCGACCCUGGUCUGCUACAUGCAGAGCAGGGUACAACCACAAAAGAAUACGCAACUGUCCAGGACAACGAUGGGUGGGACGAGGAAGACGCCUCAGAGAGUGACUACGAAGAGGUUGCAGAAGAUGACAGAGACGACGCUUCCAUCAUCCACGGCGCUGACGAACCGACUACGUUUGGCGAAGAUGAUGAACACACUCCUGCCACGAAGGGCGGACCUAUCAAUCUCAACGACGAGAGAAGCAUCGAGUUCCAUCCGACCGCUCAUCCGGUCGCAGGGCGAGUCACCCGCUCACAGGCGGCCCUAUCCCACAAUGCUUCAUCGAGGAAGCCGGACGAUAAGGGGAAACAGCGCGCACCACCAGAGCCAUGCAACAAAGAAAGCACCCAAUCGUCCACGACCAGCGGGAAGCGCAAGGAGCCUUCUGACCCGCGCGAUGACAAGCAGGACGUUCCACCAAGAAGGAAUUACACUGGCGGGAAUAUAGGGACGGGCGAUUGGAGGUGCCUAGAGCCGAAAUGCACCCGAAAGUAUCGGCGUGAGGCUGACAUGAAGCGGCAUUGGCAGUGGGAGUGUGUUGUGAGGAAUCCCAAGCUGCUGAAGGUAGUGCUCUGCGAGUACUGCGGCAAGAGAUGUGGUAAUAUAUUCAUGGCAAGCGAGUUGUCUUGUGGUGUACGGCCGGCGUCCAGCUCGAAAUACAGGGAGCAAGGACUAAGAUCGAUCUUCGAGAGGUGCGGUCAAGCAGACAAGAAUGAAGACUUCGUGAGUCGAGUCGGCAACGGUGAAGACAUGAAGUGGGGAUUGUACGCUGUCGCGAUCACGUGUGCGUUCCAGCAUGGGCGCCAGGCGGCUUACAGCGCCCUCUUGACCCCAAUCAACCGUUCUCGCAUGACCGUCGACUCACUGUUGGAUCUCAGUGAUAUAACGUAUAAACGUACAACUAUCUCUGCGCUUGAAGGUCUGGAAGCCGCGAAACCUUACCGAAAAAUGCUGAUUACAACGAUGCGCGAGGUUUGCGGGCGAGAAAUGACCCAUGGGAAGCAGUAUUUGCACAAGAACGAGAUUUAUCCAAGGAACAGGAGCAGCUCAACGAGGUUUAUGUACUCAGGGCCUAACUCGACUCCUGCUCGAAUGCCCAAGGCUGCAGGAUGGGCUAUCGACCCGUGGUAG